GCAGCAUCCUUUAACCCCCGGGAGCCUGGCGGAAACGGCAAGUUUUGACUCAGGUUUUCCUGCGCUGGCCGUUGCAAUGGAGCAGGCAGAAGGCGAUGGGGAAGGAGGGAAAGCGGCUCCGUCUGACUCGGAGGACUGGUGCCAGCCGGCCUGGGAGGAAGCAGGAAUGUCGCCUUUGGAGGCUCCCACCCAGCAGCCACCUGGAGAGAACCACCAUGCUGAUGCUUUCGGAGUGGAUUUCCUGGAAUGCAGGGAUGCUGGGAGUGACAGCAGCAACCGUUCCUGGGUGAUGCUGCCUGACACUCUGGAGAGCCUCCAGAAGGAAGCUGCGGAUAUUUCCGGAGGAGACUUUCAGGAGGCCAGGUCAUCCCCUGUUGACGCUGUGGGAAGUGAGAAAAAGGUCCUGGACACUCCACCGAGAGUGGACGAAAGCACAGAAAGCUGGAAACAGGGACAUGCCGAGCCUGGAGACAAGCAGCCGAGCGGAGAGGCACUGAGAGCCCACGGCAGCAUUUGCGAGCACAGCCCGUAUCUCUUUGGAAGAAGCCUCCAGGCGGAGGAGACCAUGACGUUGAACUUCAUGAUCAUCCUCUCCAAGGAUUCCAGCUUCGAUGAGAGCAAGAGCAAAAUCUGUGUGGUCUUCUACAAGCAGCCGGGGCGCUACCUCGAGUUCGCCAAAGUGGACAAAAGGGAACGGCUGCUCACAGGCUAUGCGAGGAUCCCCAUUGCCGACCUGAAGAAAGGCCCCAUUUUUUACAAAUACGCCCUCCUCGACAAAUUCCGCAAGACCCAAGAGUGUGAACUGGAGCAGAUUUACCUAAAGGACCUCAAAAGCCCAGACAAUCAGUUACAUCGCAUCAUUGAGGUGCCCAGGGAGAAGAUCAGAGUGGGAGAAACAUGGACCCUGUUUGGAAACCCUGAAUGCUGCUUCCCCUCCAAAAGAAACAGCAGCUGGUUCACUGGCGUCAGGAAGUCAGUCAGCAACAAGAUCACAAAACACCUGGUGUGCAACUUCCUCAACUGCCCCAAGUCCUGGGAGGCCAUAGAGGAGAUGGCAGGGAAGCUGGAGAGCUACAGCAAGAGCUUCGACGUCUUCUUGUGGGAUGCAGAGCAGGGCGAAGCCUCGGCGACUUGUUAUCAUUCGGAUAAGGAAGCGAUGAAAGACAACAUGUGCAUGUUCGUGAAUGAGGUCAUCGAGCAACUCAGGAUGGAGGAGCAGGAGCUUCCCAGGCUGCUCUUUGCCUUUCGCAUUGCUUUUUGCUACAAUGUCUCAUUGAGCUCCAAGGCCAUCUCCAAGGCAGAAAAGCUGCUCCAGUUCAUCAGCACCUUCCCAAGCAAAUUCCAGGACCUGCGACAGAAGCAAAGCUACAUUACAGCUCUGAAGGAAAUUUGCCUUCGCGAUAGCAGCAGCACCUUGUUGAUCUGGCUGAUCCCGCUGCUGUAUGCCCUGACGGAGCCGGAGGACCCCUUCCUUUCCCAAGCCAUUCCUUCAAAAGCCAUCCUGAAGCUCCGGAACGAUGACAAGAAGCAGAGAGAAGUCCUCUCCAUGAUGAGCGCCCACAAAUCCUUCAUCAGUAGCUGUGCCCCACUGGCACAGCAGGUCCUGGAGAUGUUGGCACUGAAGAACUUCUCCAAGGAGCCCUUGCUCGCUCUUCAGCUUCCACCUCAGCUCCUCCUGGAGACCUUGCACCACCAAAUCAUCGACACCAUCACGACCUCCACGCACAUGCACGAGGAAGACCUCAAUGUGGCUCUCUCGAGCAUCACCAUAAGGAUGAAAUCCUGGCUCCAGGAGCUGUGCCCAUCAGGCUCAGCAGAGCAUCAUCUGCAGCUACUGGAUGAGGACAAGGCCCUGCAGUGUCUCAGCUUGGUCUACAUGUUGCUCAUGGUCUCCUGGCAGCACUGGAAACUCAUGCCGACCAGCUCUACCAUUAUCCUGCUGCAGAUGCUGGAGAUGUUCACCUGCAUCACAGGGGCACUGCAAGAAAAUCAGGAAUUUCAACUCUUGAGCUCUGUGGAGAGGUUUAAGGAGUUCAGUGAGUUUGCAGUACCCUGGCUCAGGAAACACUUGCCCAAGCCAUCCAUGGACGAGAAGUGCUUCCUGAAGGAAACUGAGUCCUGGCAGAAGCUCUUCUCGCUGAAGCUGCUCUGCAUGGAGUGGAUCCAGAAAUGGCAGAACCUCAUCUAUGGCAUGUUUGAAGAGUGGCUGAAGAAGGUGGACGACAACCACCUCGUGGACUUCUACUGCGCCUUUGUCCGCAUGGACCGGCACUGCGACACGGAGCUGGAGCGCUGCUUUGCCGACCACCUCAUCCAGUGCGUCAAGGUCCAGAAGCAAAGCGAGGACUCCAAGUUGUGGCAAACGAUCUCCAAGUUCAUCAAGACGAAGAAGCCGAGCGUGGGGAGGGUCCUGUCCGCCAUCAUCGAGAAGACAUUCUCGGAGAUGAACGAGUUGGAAAGCACGCAGUGCUUCAGUGCGGGCACCGACUCUGUUCUGGCAAGCCUGCUGAGGUCACCGGGCAUCUGUGAUCUGCUCUCCAUCAUCCACACCCCAGAGCAGAAGCAAUGCCUUCGCAUCAGCAACAGGGCCGAAGCCCUUCUUCUCAGCGUGUCCGAGCUGACCUGCUUCAUGGGGUAUCGUCUCUUCUCUGGAGACAUCCCUUGCAACAUUCUGUCCCGCAUCUUACGGCACAGAGAGCUCUUCAAGAAGAUGCUCUGCGUCUGUGAUUCCUCUUUCUCCAUUUGCAUCACGAAAGUGCUGGACACGAGGCAGCUGGAGUACAAGGAGCUGGAGAAGCUGAAGAAGCAACGAUGCGCGUUCCUGCAGCUCUGCUGCGCCGUGGCGGACGUGGUGCAAGUGGACCAAAGCAUUGUGGAAAAGAGCAUCAGAGACAAAGAGAGCUUCAAGGAUCAGGUGUCCGUAAGGAGCUUCUCCAAGGAUGGCAAGAGUGUCACGCAGGAGCACCUGCUUGCUCACUACAGAGAAAUGAUGGGGAAAAUUCACAGCUUAGAGGAAAGCCAGUGUUUCUGGAGACUGUGGAAGCUGCGAGCAGAGCAAGCCAAAGCCACCGGCUCUGGAGACAUCGUCCUCUCCAUAGAUGAUGUUCAAGAGAAAAUUUACAAGCUGGCUAUCAAGGACUUGCAGGAGACCUACCUGGCCCUCCAGAACUUCUCCAUCAGCCUGGGCGCCGUGCAGAGCCAGUUCGAGGCAUUGUUAGGCGAGACGCGUCAGCUCACCAAGGAGUUCAAAAUCAUGGAGGCCACGGAAGGGAAGGCGAGUGGCGAAGCAGCCUGGAUCGCCAUGGCAGUGGAGAAGAUCGAAAACUACCUGACCCUGUCGAAGGUGGUCAAUGUUGCCAAGAUGAUCGAUGACCUGCGGCAGAUGCUGCAGCUCAACGGGGAUUUCCAGAGCCUCGUUGACCUGGCGAAAUACGAAGAAGAGGAAUUCAAGAACAAACCACUCAACUACAUGACCCAAGACUUGAUGGAAGUGAAAAAAACCUUGAGUGACAUCACACCGGAGGUCAUGGACUUCUUGAAGGAGCUUCUGGAGUGCGCGAGGCAAGGUUUUACCUCCUGGAUCAAGACCAUAAUAAAAGACAAAAGCGAGAUCCCCGUGUUUGUGGACCUGGCAUCCGUCUCCGCAGGGGGAAAUGAGAAGGAUAUCGACCGUGUGCGGUUCUUCCGCAACGCCAUGGCUGCCUCUGCCCCCAUCGUGCUGGACUUGUGUCCCACGGAUGGCUUCAAGCAGUUCUCUGCUGCUCUGUCUUUCAUCAGAGAGGCGGUCGGAAAAGACAGCAAUCUUACCAAAAAUUUGAGAGACACCUGCAACAACAAAAAGUGGCUGCAGAUGGUCCAUGACUUGCAUGGCUCCGUGGAGCGUUCUUCCAUCUUGCAGGCCAGGAGCAUCAACGGGAACGGGAUUUUUACCAUCUCACUGCCGCAGAAGUUCAAGAGGAAGCGUAGUGAUACACAGGGUAGACAUGACGCGCAGCAUUGCCAGUCAACGCUGGAGCACGGACCGUGCAGUGACGUGGUCUUCUCCUCUGCUUUCCAAGCUACCCUGGAGGACUGCAUCUCGCUGCGGCUGCUGAAAGAUGGCACCGAGAGCAUGUCUCAAGCGGCCCAGACCAGGACGUACAGCCUGGCUCAGCUCACAGAGCUCCAGAACAAGCUCAUGUUGAUCGCCACAAAGGCUGAUCAGGGCAGAGAAGAGGUGAACCGCUUCCUGGAGAUCCUGGAAAAAGUUGAAACAGUUGGGAAGUUGUACCUGGAGCUGCUCCGAGUUGGCAAUAUCCUCUUCAUUGACUGGGAGGCUGAAAUCUACUGCGAUCCUGAGCACAGGGUGAAGGUCUACGCAGAGUUCAGCAUCGCUGGCAUCCUCGUCCAGAGCAGCAGGCCCAUCCUGGAGGAGCUGGAUGGCCUCUGCAAAGCAAUGGAGCAUUGCCUGGUGGAAUGGAAGAAACACCUGGAAACUCAGAGGAACAUCUACUACCAUCUCAACUUCUUCACUGCCCGCCAGCUCUUCUACUUAUGCAACCAACUGGCCAGACCUCAGACGGAUGGCGUAGAGCCAUGUGUCCUCAACAUGCUUUCCAUCAUCAAGCACGACGUCACCAAGGAAGAUAUUGAGAAAGCCCUGAAGCAAGCCCUCAUGACUCCACUGGACUCCGUGGAUGUGUCGGCUAGAGAUGGGGAAUCGGUCACCUGGCACAACUACGUCAUCCGUUUCCCGCAGCUCAUCCGGAGCCUGGCCGAGUCAGGCUACGAGGAAGCAGUGGCAAAGGCAGCCCUGCAGAGCUGCCUGCAGCAGGCGCCUGUCACUGAGCAGCUGCUCAUGGACUUCGCCUUCGAGCAAGGUGACGACAAGGAGCUGGUGGAGGUGAUGAGCCGCUUGUACGAGGAGCGCAAGGAGGCCUUUCUGCAGAAGUCACGGAAAUUUAAGACGGGCAAUGGCGAAGCCGGCCGGGGCUCCUUCAGCGCCCUGGCCGACGACGAGCUGGUCACCUCCUUCGAGAGCUUGCCGUGCAUCUACGACAAGGUGAACCUGCUCUGGGACGCCUACUGCCAGAAACUCAGUGGGCUGGUGUCAGACAAGUACAUCGGCUUGGACGUCUGUGGCGAAACGCUGAAGCAGCUGGCGGCCCUUGAGGGCACCCGGGUCGAGAGAAGCCUCCCAGUAGGCCUCGAAGGUGGGAAACCGUUCCUCAUCAUGUGCAAGGAGGAGGAGAUGUUGCUCUACAUGCUGUCACUCUACCGGCACACGGAGGCAGCCCCACUCCCAACCUAUGAUGAGGUGCUGGUGUGCACGCCCGACACAGAGGAGGAGGAAGUGGAGCUGAUCAUCAAAAGAGCUCUUUCCACUGGCUCCCAAGACCGCAAGAUCUACAGCUUGCUGGGCGCUGAGAAACUGGUUUACAAAGUUUCCAAGCAGCUUGAGUCCCACUUCUUCCGCAUGGUCCAGUUGUCCAGCUGCCCCAACUACCACUUCGUGAUCUUCUGCAGCGCCAAAGCUCACAACUCCUAUGUGAUCACGGCCUUCGACACCUACAAAGCUGCUUUCCCGUGCUGCUCUAAGGCGGAAAUCCAGGCCUAUCUGAAGAGGCACCUCAGUGUGCCAUGUGGGACGGCCCCGGUGGCUCAGGCCUUUGAGGAGCCCCAUCAGCAGAACGUGAAGUUUGUGUUUUCAGAGCGAGCAGGAAUGGGGAAGUCCCUCUUUGUGGAAAACACUGUGAGAAAGGUGCGCUCCCAGCUGGGUGCCACACCGCUGGUUCACAAAACCGUCAGGCUGAUGGAGUCGGCCAUCAGCUUCCAGACCUUCCUGGAGGAGCUGCUCUCCAUUGAGGAGUUCCCCACCAAAACGCAGCCCAGCAUCUUCCACAUCGACAUAUCUCCAGUGGUCUCCAAGGGGCUCUACCGGCUGCUGAUUGAGCUGUGCAUCCUCCGCCACGUUCAGAGCCCUGGCGGCUUGGUCUGGAAGUGCAAACCAUCCCACCUCUACUUGAUCGAGUACCUGGUCAAGGAGAGAGGCAUCAGCAGCACGAGGAAGCGCGAGAUAUCCAGUGAAAUGGAAGAAAAGUUUCUGGAUCUCUUUCCCACUGUGAAGUGUGUGUCGCCGCUGCGGGUGCUCGACCUGCUGCAAGGCCUCGGUUCUGGCCCUCCAGUUGAAAUGAGAGAGGAGCAGUUUGACCAGGCCAAGCUCAGGAGCGAAGCUUUCCAAAGGUCCUACCAGUAUCUCUCCAGAUACAAGCAGAAGGAAAAGCUCGACUAUUUCUUUUUCCACCCUGGGACAGUCGAAGGGACGAACGAGCAGUGCCUGAGGCUCUUGCUGGACUUCUGCAGCAAAGACGACCCUUCCUGGAUGGAGCUCAGCAACUUCACGAAUUUCCUGAACUUUCAGCUGCAAAUGAGCGAGAAAUCCGUGUUCUGCAGCCCGGUGGCUGGAAAGGAGUUCCAGGGCUUCAAAACAUUCGUGAUCAAGUUCAUGAUCGCCAUGUCCAAGGACUUUGCCAUGCCUUCCCUCAACAUGUCCGAUGAAAGCGUGCCGAACGUGGAAAAGAGGGACCAAGAGAAUGUCCUGACACAAUACCAGCUGCGCCGCAAGUGGGAGCAGGAGUCCCACCCCUACAUAGUCUUCCAUGCUGAAGGCGAUUCCAUGGAGUUCUUGGGUUUCCACAUUGACCGCAACUUUGAUGCCAUUGAUGCCCGUUCCCAGGCUGUUCUGGAAAAGAACGUGAUCGACCGCAGGUUAUACUUGAACUUAAAAGCCCAAAAUGUUCCGUUCAAUAAGAAAUUUGAGAGUUUGUCCCGACAAGAGCAGCUGGAGGCCCUGUGCCGAGUCUUUGGCGUGAAAUGCAUGGAAGAUCCGGAUGAUUCCUUUCAGCUGACGCUGGACAACACCAUGAAGAUGCUGGCCAUUCACCUGCGCUUCCAGUGCAACAUCCCCGUCAUCAUCAUGGGUGAAACAGGCUGCGGGAAGACGAAGCUGGUGCAGUUCAUGUGCAGCCUGCAACGGGCCGGCCGGGACAUUCAGAACAUGGUGGUGGUGCGUGUGCAUGGCAGCACCACCUCACAGACCAUCCACAGGAAGGUGAGGCAAGCUGUGGAGUUGGCAGACCUCAAUGAGAAGCAGCAUGGCAUGGACACAGUGCUCUUCUUUGACGAAGCCAACACAUCUGAGGCCAUCUUUGCCAUUAAAGAGGUGCUGUGCGACCACAGCAUCAAUGGAGAGAAGAUUCCCACUCGGCGUUUGAAGGUGGUGGCUGCUUGCAACCCUUACAAAAGGCACACCAAGGAGACCAUUGAGAAACUGGAGAAAGCUGGCCUGGGGUACCAAGUCCGGAGUGAGGACACCCCAGAGAAGCUGGGCUACAUCCCUCUGCGGCAGCUGGUGUACCGGGUGCAGCCCCUGCCGCCCAGUUUGUUGCCCCUGGUGUGGGACUUUGGGGAGCUGAACGAAAGGACACAGAGCCUGUACAUCCGAGAGAUCAUCAAAUCUACCCUGGAGAACAAGAUCCCAGCGGGGAACUUGGACGUCUUCACCGACGUCAUCGCGACCUCCCAGAAGUUCCUGAGAGAGAGGAAGGACGAGUGCAGAGUGGCCAGUCUCCGCGAUAUAGACCGCUGCAUGAGCAUAGUGGUCUGGUUUUAUAACUUGAGGGAACUGCUCUUCCCCCAGAUUGACAAGAAGAGGAAGCGCAAGAAUGUUGAGGAACCGACCUUGAACGAUGCCCAAAGGGCCUUGGUCCUUUCGGUGGGGGCCUGCUAUUACGUCUCUCUGGAGAGUCGCCAAGCUUACCUGGAGGAGAUCGCCAGAUGCUUCGCCGUCCCUACCUGCCGGCUGCGGCAGGAGAUUGAGCUUUGCCAGGAGGUGUUUCUUGACAAUAUCUCUAUCCCCGAGGGAACAGCCUGCAACAACGCACUGCGGGAGAACAUCUUCAUGAUGGUCAUGUGCAUGGACCUCCGGGUGCCGCUCUUUCUGGUCGGAAAGCCAGGAAGCUCCAAGUCCUUGUCCAAAACGAUCGCUGUGAAUGCCAUGAAGGGUCAGCUGUCCGAAAACCUGUUCUUCAAAAGAUGCAAAGAGGUCCAACUGGUGUCUUUCCAGUGCAGCCCCCACUCAAAGCCGGAAGGCAUCGUCUCCAUUUUUCGGCAAUGUGCCCAGUUCCAGAAGGAAAAGAACCUGGAUGAAUUUGCGUCCGUGGUCUUGCUGGACGAGAUUGGCCUCGCAGAGGACUCACCGGAUAUGCCACUGAAGACGCUGCACCCGCUUCUGGAGGAUGGCUGCGUUGAUGAUGAUAGCCCGGAGCCUUACAAGAAGGUUGGUUUCGUGGGCAUCUCCAACUGGGCCCUGGACCCUGCCAAGAUGAACCGCGGUCUUCUCGUGUUUCGGACAGAUCCCAGCAAAGAAGAGCUGGUGGAGACCGCCAAAGGCAUUUGUGGUGACAAGUUUCACCUCGAGCGUGUCGAGCAUCUGUUCCCCAUUCUGGCCAACUUCUACUGCAAGGUGCUGGAAAUGCAGGAAACGGAGUUCUUUGGCCUUCGCGACUUCUACAGCUUGAUCAAAAUGAUUGUGGCCUACGCACAGGACAGGAAGUGCAGCUCGCAGGAGGAGCUGCUCGUGAAGGCCAUUCAGAGAAACUUUGGAGGCUCUCACAACAUCUGCCCCCUGGAGAUCUUCCUCAACUGCACCAACGAGGUGCGUUUCAGCCGUGACUUGGAAACGGGGCCCAUCCACCUGCUGCUGGCAAACAUGGCCAAACAGCAGAUGGGGUUCAUGUCUCGCUACCUGCUGCUGCUGACCACCAACCAGGCAGCCUUCCAGAUCAUCCAGAUGUCGCGGCUCGUGGACCCCAGGAACUGCGACAUCAUUUUUGGCUCCGGUUUUCCCCGGGACCAAGACUAUUCCCAGGUGUGCCGCUCCGUGAACAGGGUGAAAGUGUGCAUGGAGAUGGGCAGGCUCGUUGUCCUCCUCAACAUACAGAACCUUUACGAGAGCCUUUAUGAUGUACUCAACCAGUGCUUCGUCCGGCUGGGCGGCAAUCACUAUGUUGACCUGGGCCUCGGCACUCACCGGGUGAAGAGUCGCGUGAAGGAGGACUUCCGGCUAAUCAUCAUCGAGGAGAAAAACAUCGUCUACACCCAGUUUCCCACGCCGCUGCUGAACCGGCUGGAGAAGCACUGCUUGGACAUGAACACCAUCCUCCACCCCCAGCAGCGAGAGCUCAAGCGGGACCUGCAGAAGUGGGCCCGUCUCUUUGUUACCAUCGAGAAUCCUGAUCACUUCAGGGUCUGGUCGGGCACGCUCACCCCGCAGGAGCGCGACGUCUUCAUCGGCUUCAGCGAGGACACAUCCGCCGCCAUCGCUCUGGACACCUCGCAGAGCGCCUGCAGCAACCCCUUGGAGCCCUACGGGGAGCAGGUCCUGCAUGCCGCCAAAAGCAAGCUCGUGGAGUGUGCUACUCCCGAUGCCGUCCUGCGCCUGAAGUACUCCUGCCUGGAGGACGCUGAGCGGGUCCACGAGCUGUACUUCAACCAGCAGAAGCACAACAGCCUCGUCGGUCUCUUGCGCGAGACCAUGAAGCAGCAGCCGAGGAGCGAGAGCACCACCAGGCCCUGCCUGCAGGUUUCCACCCAUGCCCGGCUCGUGAACCAGAAAGACUUGGAAGUGCUAAGGAAGACUCUGAACCUGCCGAAUAAAAUCCACUGCCUCUUCCUGAACCAGUUCGACACCGAAUAUGCUUUCCGCCAGGACCUCAGGAGUUUCUUCAGUGAGCCAAAGGAAGAGAAAUUGCUCCUGGUCCAGUUUCAUUUCGACGAGCCGCAGAGCAGCAAGAGGCUCCUCGCCUGUGCCAAAUACUGCAUCACGGACGAGCGAAGGAAGUCAGCAAGACCCCACCUGCUCUACAUCGUGCUGGUCACAAAGGUCCCACGAGUCCUGGGAGGGUGCAGCUACCUGGCUUUUGACAGCGGCGAAUGGAAGUCCAUCCACUUGGAUGACCUGAUGCCCCCGGAGAACUUCAAGGCCAACCUUGGCCAGCUCUCCAAAAUGACCAUUGCCGAGAUUUUUGCCAGCAGCUCCUUGCAAUGCCUGCCGGCAGGUUCUCCAGAGGAUUCUGCUGCCCUGGAAGACCGUACCGAGCCUGGUCUUCUCCCUGAGGAAAAUCUGCAGUUACUCAGCGUGGACACCAUGAUCAAAGAGAGCAUCCAGAAAGCUGUGAUCCAGCUGGAGGACAAGGGGGACAACAGCCAGCGGGCGACCGAGAGAAUCCAGAUCCUCCACAACUUGCUUUUCCAUUCCCAGAAUAGCACGCUUUCCAGCCGGUUUAUGGCUGUCCUGAAAAGGCGAAUCUGCCGCCUCCUGAAAGAGCGGGAGGAAAUAAGCCACGAGCCGAGGGAGUGGAUCUUCCGCCGUGCGCUCUCCACUGAAUUCAUCCUUGAGGACACUUCCUUCAGGCAAGCGCUCUGGAUGCACCUGGCAGACCUCGCGGCGCACAUGUUCGCCCAGAUUCUAGCAGUGACGGAUGCCAACAACAACCUGGAUCACGUGGCUCAGGGCUCACCAUUCGCAGAGCUGUGGCUGGAGACGUUCCAGGAUGAAAGGCUCCUCAAAAUCGAAUACACCAGGAAGGUUGUGGGUGCUAAGAUCCCCGUGCUGUCGAUGACGGAAGACCCCAACACGUCACUCUUCUGCCAGUUCCCGUUCAGCUGGGUUUUCAAAGCCUACCUGGAUGAGAUAUGGGAGAGGGUCUAUCACACGAGAGGUCAGCCAAAGGUGCCUAUGGAGGAACCGGCAAGGUUCUUCCAAAACCUCGUCAAGAAUGUGACAGUGCUGAACGGCAGCAAACCCGAAAUGAUACGCCGUUACGCCAACGACUUUCUCAGGAUGGCUUUUCCUGGGCAAAAUUUGCCUGUCUACGAGAUCUUGUCAAGAGUUUUUCUCGUCAGCGCAGAGCAGCUCUGCUUCUCUGUGGGCAGGGGAGAGAUGGACUUUUCCCUGAUUUGGCUCCACAUUGAGUAUUUCUACCUGCGAGAGGAUUACCAGCUCUUCGUCGAUGUAGCAAAAAGCGAUGGUGCCGUCGUAGAUGAGCUGCAGAAGCUCUAUAGGGAGAAUCCGCCAGAAAUGUUUGUUGCUCUCGACGCCUUGAACAUUCUCCUGAAGAAGGUGCAGCCCACAGAGAAGGCGCUCCUGCCCUUUGACGCUUGCGUGGCAUGGCUCGAGAGUGUCAAGUCCAUCAAGCCCUGGGUGGAGUGGAUGAGCAUGGACAACUACCAGCUUCAGUUCUACCAGAAGAAGAAGGAGCUCAUGGAGUGCGUCCUCCACCGCUGGACCUGCACCAACAUCGUCUACAUGCUGAUUGACCACCUGUUGCACAAUGAGACACAGAUAGAAGAGAAGCUCCUGAAGCUUGUGGUGAAGCAGUUCAUCUUCCUCUGGAACCGCCUCUACGCGACGCCAGGUUGCGAGCCGGAGAAGACAUUCGACUGGGUGACAAAAGUGCUCAAGAAAUGCAACGAGAAUGCUGAUAUCGUGUACCUCGUGAAGGGGGUGAAGGAGUGCAAGAGCUGCCUGCGUGAGAUCACUGACCCGGCGGAGCUGCCCUGCAGCCACAUCUUUUGCACCCAGUGCAUCUUGGAGUGGGCCGACAAGCGCUGCAAGAUCUGCAAGAAGGAAUUCCCAGAGGAUUACAUCCCCACAGCUUCGGAGGCCACGAGGGAAGCUGUCGCCUGCCACAACAAGUUCCGGCGCAAGUGCAAUUCCUUCUUCGUGGAGUUCGUCACCGUCUACUUUUUGAGCGGCAGAGACACACCGUGCCAGGAGGUCGUCGAGCGGCUGAUCCAGUUCAUGGCCUGCAAACCAUCCAAACCUGAGCACCGGGAAGGCAGGCGCUUCGUCUACAAGCCGAAAAGCGAGCUGUCACCCUUCGAAGAGUGCAUGGACACCAGCCCCACCGUGCAGUCGUCCCUGCUGAAGCUCCUCCUGCGCUGCGGGUUCGACAACAUGAAGGUCCACCUGGAAAGAUACCUCUCACAGAUGGAGGAGAAGAUAACAUCCAACCAGAGCAACAGCGACCAUUUCUACUUCAUGGUGGUGCAUUGCCUGGAGGACUUUAUGCAUUCGUCUUCCCAAGAAGAUGACAUCCGGCUCGCCCAAAACUGGCUCUCCGCCGCUGACCUCUCUGCUUUCCGCUGGCCCGAGGUCUCAAGGAUUAACACCCUCCAGUUCAUAGCCCAGCUCCGGCUUUCCAUCAGCCACGUGGCCGCCGUGCUCGGCAGGCAGCUGCUGGGCGAUGCGAACACACCAGCAGCCAAGAGAGACAAGAAGGAUGAGAAAGACCUGGUGAAUGCAAUGAAGAACCUGGUAGCCAGGGCUCAGACACCAUGGCUUCAGGUGUUCCUCAUCAGAAACCUCUGCAACACCUACGGGCUCAUCUCAAUGUGGAAGAUCCUCCAGGCAGAGGAGUGGAUUUUACCCCAAGGAGUCGAAAUGUCCCAGAAUAUAACAGCCUGGUUGAAUGCAACACUGAUAUUUUUGGUGCUGGAAAAAGCAGAAAAGCUGAUAGGAAGGAAAGACCCCAAGGAAAUCCAGACCUUCACUGCUGUCAUGAAGCAGAUGGAGAAUAUCCUCCAGCUGCCGUCCGCCCCAGACAUGCCUCUGGAGGACAGGUUGAGGAAGACCAUAAACGCCUUGGUUGACCACGAAACUGCCGGCCUGCUCGGGGUGGUGUUUCACACUGCACUCACCCUGGUCCUGUCCCGGAGCUCCAUCACUCACCUUCUCAGCAACAUCUGCUUCCAGCCCAGUGUGGUGAAGGGCUCCUACCUCCCCACCAUGCCUGGAGACCUGCUUUUCGAUGAGAAGAACUGGAAAAUCGGUCCCUUUGAUAAACUUUGGACAUGCCAGUGUGGAUCGUAUUGGAUCGUCACCAGAUGCGGCUUCCCCACAGAAGUGAAGCAGUGCACGUGUGGUGCCAAAGUCGGGGGCAUCCGCCACAACCCCGAGAAAGGCUUCUCCAGGGAGGAGAUCACAGAGGACAAAACGAAGACGGGCUACCUCCUGGAGAGCCCUUCGCUGCGGAGGAAUGACCUGGAGCGGUCCCUGUCACCUGCCUGUGUGGCUCUCGCCAGGGCCCUGCUCCACUCAGCCCUGCUGCUGGGCACCUGCACUGAUAAACAGGCCAUCCUCGACCUGAUGAAAGAGAAAGCGGAGGACGUGGAGAGCUUCUUCCAGGGCCACCUGCAGAAGGACAUCGGCUGCCUGGCAGAAGCACUUGGCAGGAACAUGGAGGACACCGUGUUGACCAUCCAUCUGUUCCUGCAGCGCGUGAGCGACAACCCAGCGGGCAACAGCAAAGUCCUGGGCGUCUUGGCCGAGAAGAAGGACCGAACGGAGUGGGAGGACUGCUUUAAAGACCUGGCUCAGCCCUUCUUCCAGGACUUGGAGCACAUCCUCGCUUCAGCCAAGCACCAAAGGAUGAGGGAAGGUCCUAAACACUCCGACCUCCUCUUGAAAAUAGCCUACAGCGAUGUGUCACCCUUCAAAGAUCCGCCGAGCCGUGGGCUGAUCGACCGGCCCUGCAUGUGGAGGUUCGAGCAGAAGAUGACCAUCCAGACCCUGAUGCACUUCCUGCAGCAGGAGCAUGGUGAAGGCGACGCGAACCCCUAUCCGAUCCUGCUGGAGCUUCUGUCCAAGCUGCAGAACAUCCAACACAUCCGCUACCUGCCCGACAUUUUCCGCAUGCAGAAGGCCCUGAUCCACUUCUUCCAGAACAGCCACAAAGGGGAGAACUAUUCGGUCCAACAGUUCCUGGAGCAAACCGAGCUCUCAGACGACCUGCGUGCCGCUUUCGGCAGAGCCAUAGAGACAAUCCAGAAUGUCUGGAGCAACAUCAAAACAAACCCAUCGAGCUCAGGCAUCAGCCUCCCGCCAGACCUGCUGCCAGAGGACAUCAACACCAAAACGGCCGUCCUGAACCUUCUGCCCGUCCAGCCGUCCAUCAGCCAUCUGGUGUCCAGGUUCCUCAUACAGCUCCAGAAUAACUGUGUGGACACAGCUGCCCGGGUCACGUGCGAGAAGCAACGGGCCAUCUCGGCGGAGGAGGUGAAGCCAUCUUCCGUGCUGGCUGUCACCAAGAAUGACCUGGUCACCAUGGCGCUUGCCAACUUCCAGUACGAGAUAGAGGAGGACGGCACCAGGAUGGCCUACUUCGACUUCCAGAUGUUGCAGCGGCAGGUGGUCCAGCGCUUCAUCAGCGGCAAGCCCAUCAUCAAGGUGCAGACGGCUCCAUCCAUUGCCCUGAACAACGUGAGGACCCUGCAGGCCACGCAGACCAAAGUCAGGAACCAGCUGCACCAGGAAUCGCUCAGCGUGAACCAGCAGAAACGCAUCAUGGAGGAGGUCCGCUCUGUGAACGCCAUUUCCCAGACCUUGGACACCGUGAAGGUGGCCGCUGAGUUCCUGGCCGUCACUGGCGGUGACCCCGAGCGCCCGCUCUCCGAGUACGUCCGGCAGGAGCUGAAGAUGGACGCUGGUGCAAAGCAGUUCCAGGACUUGCCGGUGGUGCCCAGCACCCAGCUGAAGCACAUCCUGUCGCUCUGGAAGGUCCUGGCGGCUUGCAAGUCCAUGCUGCUGGUGCAGAUGAACCAGGAUCCUUUCUGCCUGGUACCCAAGAAGUUCCAGGAGAAGCUGGAUCUGGUGAACGCAAAAGCCCUGGCCACCAAGCUGGCCAAUAUCAACCUGGACUUCUUCCUCAUUGAGCUCCACGAGAUGAUUAGGGUGGCCCUGGCUGACUUUGAGCCGCACUGGGAGCUCAAGGAUACCUUCAGGUACUUCCUGGAAGACCACCAAGUCAACGCUGCCUCCAUCACUAGCCUGACGGAUGUGCUGAGCCCCGACCUGCUCCUCAAGGAGGUCCUCGCUGUCUGGAGGACAGCGGCAGAGACCAGCCAACUGCCCGUCUAUGCCUAUGGCAAAGGGAGACCAGCCCCUAGCAGCCGUUAAAGUCCCCUCCCAACCUCACAAUGACCCCGAAGGGGCCACGAGACCCCUGAAUCCCUGCGAGUCUUGGCUCCGGGGGGAGGGGGGGGAGUGUCAUAAAUGAGCUGUGCAGGGGCUCGCGGCGCCGUCCUGGUCCCCCCCCCUCCAGCCGGUUGGGGACCCAGGGUGGCCGGAAGCAUCCCGGGACAGGGGGGUGGGGUGGAGGGGUGUCACUCUCCUUCCCCAACCCAUGAAGUCCCGCCAGCUCGACGGAUGCCUAGAGCCAAAGCCCCUCUAGGUCCUCCUGGCUGGGCGCCUCACUGAGUCCACGUCCACCAUCAGGGUUUUCCUGUUCCUCCUGCCUUGAGGAGCCUCUUCGGCGCAUCGGAGCUGCUUCCAACUGCCUUAAUAAAUGGAGUAACCUUGGCCCAACCGGCGGCCUGAG